CCCCUGGCCCAGCGGAACCUGAAGAAGGGGCGGGAGAGUGGGGCACAGCUCGGUCAGCUGAGUGACAGUCACGGGACCGCUACCAGCUCCGUCUGGCUUCCUGGAGGAGAGGGUGAUGAGCGGGGGUCUCCGAGUGCAACAGGACAUGGAAAAGGAGUGGGAGACUCUGCGAGCCUGGAAGGAGCGUAUGGAGCAGGAGCUGGACCGAGUAGUGGCUUUCUGGAUGGAGCAUUCCCACGACCAGGAGCAUGGGGGCUUUUUCACAUGCCUGGGCCGAGAUGGGCAGGUGUAUGACAACCUCAAAUAUGUCUGGCUGCAGGGGAGACAGGUAUGGAUGUAUUGUCGUUUGUACCGCAAGUUCCAGCGCUUCCGCCGUUCUGAACUUCUGGACUCAGCCAAAGCAGGUGGCGAGUUUUUGCUGCGUUAUGCCCGGGUGGCACCUCCUGACAAGAAGUGUGCCUUUGUGCUGACUCAGAGUGGCCUCCCUGUCAAGGUGCAGAGGACCAUCUUCAGCGAGUGUUUCUACACCAUGGCCAUGAAUGAGCUGUGGAGGGUGACAGGGGAAGAGCGUUACCAGAAUGAAGCAGUGGAAAUGAUGGAUCAGAUCAUCCACUGGGUACGAGAGGACUCAUCAGGGCUUGGUCGGCCCCAGUUGCCAGGGACUCCGGCUGCAGAGUCCAUGGCAGUGCCCAUGAUGCUACUCAACCUGGUAGAGCAGCUUGGGGAGGCAGAUGAGGAGCUGGCAGGCAAAUAUGCAGAGCUGGGAGACUGGUGUGCCCAGAGGAUUCUGCAGCAUGUCCAGAGGGAUGGACAAGCUGUGCUGGAGAACGUGUCAGAGGAUGGCAAAGAACUCUCUGGUUGUUUGGGGAGACACCAGAACCCAGGCCACGCAUUGGAAGCUGGCUGGUUCCUGCUUCGUCAUGCCCUCAGGAAAGGCAAUCCUGAACUUCGUGCUCAUGUCAUAGAGAAGUUCCUGUUGUUGUCUUUCCACUCUGGGUGGGACCCUGAGCAUGGAGGCCUCUUCUACUUCCAGGAUGCUGACAACCUCUGCCCUACCCAGCUGGAGUGGGAUAUGAAGCUCUGGUGGCCACACAGUGAGGCCAUGAUUGCCUUCCUCAUGGGUUAUAGUGACAGUGGGGACCCUGCCUUGCUACACCUCUUCUAUCAGGUGGCUGAGUACACCUUCCGCCAGUUUCGAGAUCCCGAGUAUGGGGAGUGGUUUGGCUAUCUAAAUCGAGAGGGAAAGGUCGCCCUCACCAUUAAGGGGGGUCCUUUCAAAGGCUGCUUCCACGUGCCGCGGUGCCUAGCCAUGUGCGAGGAGAUGCUGGGCGCUCUGCUGAGCCGCCUUGCCUCGGUCCCCGCCCCCACCUGCUCCCCGCCCGCUGUCCCCGCCCCCUGAGGCGCGGAAUAAAGCUGAGCCUGUUCUA